AUGCUCAAAGGAAAAAUAGGUGCUCUUGAGCUUAAUAUGGGAAAAAUUUCUAGACCGACAUUUGCUGAUGUCCUCCAGGAGAACCGGCAGUUUAUUAACCAGACUAUACCUCAGAAUAUACCCGAUGUAAACAUUAAACCAAAGAUCCCCCAAGAUGUCCAGCAAACUAAAAAUGAUAUCACAAUAAAUAUCAACCCUAAUGAAUUAAAAAUUGGGAUAAAAAAACUAAAACCAACUAAAUCUGGUGCCAUUUUGAUCAAAUAUGUCAAUAAACGUGAAGUGGAUGUUCUCAAAGCGGCAGCAGAAUAA